UCCGUGCAGAGUGCAGGUUUGUUUUUGAAGAGGCAAGACAUCUCUUCAAGUUCAACCGUUUUUGAUUGAUUCUCUUGCCCUACUGUCUUGUAGUCUUGGCAGUGUGUAGCCUGUUUAGUUGUCAAGUAACUUGGUUGAGUGUUGCAUACAGGUCAGGACUCGAUCAAAAAUUAGGUGAAAGUUAGCUCACCACUCACGUAUUCGCACCCAAAGUCCCCUGCUCGAGGUUCAAAUUAUCAGACAGUUACGUGGGAACCGUAUUGACUGAAAUUGGUCCUGGCAGAUUUGAACUUUUGAAGCGCUUGCUGGCCGAGCUGAGGUGUUUUCGUCAGAUCUUCUGUUUGUUUCCUGUCCUUUGACUAUGGCUCCUCUCUCCCAAUCAAAGAGGGCCACUACUGCCAGAGUGCAACGACUGUGGAAGUCAACGGCCUCCAAGAUAGAGAAACUGAACCAGCUUGGUUGCCAUGGCGGAGUGAUGGUGCGGAUAAAGGGCAAGGUUUUAGCAGCUGGAUCCCUGGGGCCCAGCAUGCUGCAACACCGCCAAACCAUAAGCGCUGCAGAAAAUCUUCCUCUGGCGUCCCCAGUGUUUUCUCCUCUGCCUGGCAAGCUGGAGGACAUGACGGAAAGAACGCUGCGGAGGUGGGUCGCCAACUAUGUGCGGACAUCUCUUGGUCGCAGACAACCGCGAUGGGGUGAUAAGGAAAAUGCACCUGUUUGGUGGCCGCACGACGUUCUUCCCUACAAGAAUGUGUCAACGGACUCCAGGACUGACAAAACAGCGAGAUCAUUUCGCCAGUGUUUGCAGCUGUGCCUACAAGCCUGCUGUGAGCACCAUGGCAUCCGCACGGACACUGGCUGUUCCAAAGCGCAACAAUCACGUCUUCAGACGGUAGGAACCGAAAUGGCGACCUGUGCAUCGCGGAUAUCUGCUGCCACCCGCGAGCUGCUGAAGAUUGGUGACCUUCUCCGCUUCAAGGAGGUCAAUGUGGCUGGUAGUGACAUUUUCACGGAGCUUGGCCAGCUCAUGCGCCUUGCUUCUGACCUUCAGACUUCAUACGCAGGGCCUUCUGCACCAGAGGCACUAGAGCCUGUGCUGGAGAGAAUUGAGCAAGUUGGACUCCAAGUUGAACUAAAUGGUGAUGCACAUGCAGGUGGACUCCAAGUUGAAGUAAAUGGUGAUGCACAUGCAGGUGUAGGUGGACCUGAACUGGAUAUUGAUGCCAGUAUCAUGGAUGAUAACUAAAGCCAUAGCUCCAGCGAUAACAUUUAAGGAUGCUAUCCUUUUUUUGGGAGUGUUUGUUGCAUAGAAGAUGUUCGGUUUUUAUCUUCACCCAUCACUCAUGCUAUUGCUUCAUGGACCCCGACCCAUGCAUCACUCAUGCUAUUGCUUCAUGGACCGACCCGUGCAUCAUUCAUGCUGUUGCUUCAUGGACCGACCCGUGCUUGGAAAACGGUACAGUGCUUGAUUAGUUUUUCCUUCAACAAGUUAAUUGUCGCAGUCAAACUGGAGGGACUUCAUGUUGCAUGUUUUUGAGAAAUGGCAUUGAAAUUAGUGACGCAAGUAAUCGGCGGUUUGCAGAAUCUUGUAUUUUUUAAGUGCUAUCAGGGAGUCAUAUCCUAAUUACUUAUACGACUCACUCGCUGAUUUAUGUUGUUCAUCUAGUGUAAUAGCUCUCGUGAAAAUCCAUAACCAGCUUGCCUUACAGUGAAUUAUUAUUUAUCUGCCUGUAAUCAUGGUAAUUGUUGUGUACAGAUUGGAUGUAGCGUAGUCCA